CCUCAUCGGCUCUCCCGAUCGGCGAGAGGCUCCUCCGAGCAUCCAUGAUCCGUUCCUCCAUUUGCUCCACGAUCGCCAUUGAAGGCAGUUAUGUGCCCUUGGAGAUAUGCUGAUACUGUGCUCCAGCAAGAUAAAUCUAACUUCAUCGGAAACUUUGUAUGAAGGAAUUAGUAUUUUGCAUCACUGCAAUGUUACAAUGGACAGGCGGAUCUAGAAGGAAGGUGACUGCUUCCAGAAAGUCAACGCAUAACAGGCAAAAACAAUAUUUUGAACAAAGGAAACGGCAACAACGGGCGCCUGGACUAGACAAUGAUUCUGCAAGAAACAAACACGCCAAUUACUAUGAGGAACCGAGGUCACUAGACAUUGUCAGUUUGAUAAAUUUGGAAACUAUUACUUGGCAAGGGUACCCCAAUCAGGCCAAUGCGAUUGGUGGUCCACAAAUGAAAUGUCAUUCAUCCAAGCUUUCCCCUGCAGUUGCAUUGAAGAAAAUCAUCAACAGAUAUUCUCAUGAUUCACAGGAAGCAUGUCCUGAAGCAACUACUUUAUCUCCAAAGAAAUUGCCUGAAACCAAUGUUUCUAACAUUGUAUCAACUGCCAAUGGAGUUAGUUUGGAUUAUGAUGGGGUGAAGCCACCAGAAUGCCCUAGUAAAUCCCUACCCACCAACGUUAGCACUGUACCAAAUGGCGAAGUUCAAACUGAGGUUUCAGUUCUUGACUUGCUCAGUGAUGAUAGACCAAGAAAUGAUUUUGGAGGAGGAUCAGUUCCUGAACCACUAUGUUGCAUUUUCUGUAGAAGGUCUUGGUAAGAUUGGAAUGAUAACUCCUGCCCAUUCACCAAGAUUUCAAGAUAG